AUGCUGAAGCCCGGAGAUCCCGGCGGAUCCGCGUUCCUGAAGGUGGAUCCCGCCUAUCUGCAGCACUGGCAGCAGCUUUUCCCGCAGAGCAGCCAGCUCAAAAGCAAUGGGCCCCUCGCCCAGCUCCAGCCACCCGAAAGAGCCGAGCCCCCGGCUGACAGCCUCCGCCAGCGCCCGAUCUCCCUCUCCUCUGCCUCUUCCUCCUCUUCCUCGUCCACUCCGUCUUCCUCCUCCACCUCGUCCUGCGUCGCUGCGGCGGCGGCUUCCCUGGCUGGUCUGACCUCCCUGCCUGUGACCCAGGUCCCGGUCUUCGGCCCGCUGCAGAGCUCGGAGCUCACAACCGGGGUAGCGUCCGCUCCCCUGCAGGGCAAGGAUUUGUGCGGGGCCGUCAGCGGCGGCGGCAAAUGCGGCGACCGUGGUGCCUCUCGGUACCGCUGCACAGCCGAGGAGCUGGACUACUACCUGUACGGGCAGCAGCGUAUGGAGAUCAUCCCCCUGAACCAGCACACCAGCGACCCCAACAACCGAUGUGACAUGUGUGCUGAUAACCGCAACGGUGAGUGCCCCAUGCACGGUCCCCUUCACUCCCUGCGCCGGCUGGUGGGCACCAGCAGCACGGCCGCGGCAGCCCCUCCGCCUGAGAUCCCAGAGUGGCUCCGGGACCUGCCCCGGGAAGUGUGCCUGUGCACCAGCACAGUGCCUGGCCUGGCCUACGGCAUUUGUGCGGCACAACGGAUCCAGCAGGGCACCUGGAUUGGGCCCUUCCAGGGAAUCUUGCUCUUGCCAGAGAAGGUUCAAGCAGGUGCCAUCAGGAACACUCAGCAUCUCUGGGAAAUAUAUGACCAAGAUGGGACACUGCAGCACUUUAUCGAUGGUGGAGAACCCAGUAAGUCAAGCUGGAUGAGGUACAUCCGAUGUGCCAGGCACUGUGGGGAGCAGAACUUAACGGUGGUUCAGUACAGGUCAAAUAUAUUCUACCGGGCUUGUAUAGAUAUCCCCAGGGGCACUGAGCUGUUAGUGUGGUACAAUGACAGCUACACAUCUUUCUUUGGAAUCCCUCUCCAGUGCAUUGCACAAGAUGAAAAUUUGAAUGUCCCUUCGACUGUAAUGGAGGCCAUGUCCAGACAAGACACCCUACAGCCAUUUAAUAAAAGUAGCAAACUAUCCCCUGCCACUCCACAGCGAUCCGUAGUAUUUCCACAGACUCCGUGUAGCAGAAAUUUUUCUCUCCUGGAUAAGUCUGGGUCCAUCGAGUCAGGAUUUAACCAGAUCAGUGUCAAAAACCAACGAGUUCUUGCAAGCCCAACUUCAACAAGCCAACUAAAUUCUGAGUUCAGUGACUGGCAUCUUUGGAAAUGUGGGCAAUGCUUUAAGACUUUCACCCAGCGGAUCCUCUUACAGAUGCAUGUGUGUACGCAGAACCCCGACAGGCCCUACCAGUGUGGCCACUGCUCACAGUCUUUCUCCCAGCCCUCGGAGCUGAGGAACCACGUCGUGACGCACUCCAGUGACAGGCCUUUCAAGUGCGGCUACUGUGGGCGCGCCUUUGCUGGUGCCACAACGCUUAACAAUCACAUCCGGACACACACUGGAGAAAAGCCCUUCAAGUGCGAGAGGUGUGAGAGGAGCUUCACACAAGCCACCCAGCUGAGUCGACACCAGAGGAUGCCCAAUGAGUGCAAGCCAAUAACAGAGAGCACAGAAUCAAUUGAAGUGGAUUAACUGAUUGACUGGUUGGAAUUAAACUGCAAGGAAAGUCAUGAUUAAAUGUCACGGACACUUAACCAAAACCAAAGAUUUCCUCUGAGCUACUUUCAAUCAGUCCCAGAAAACCAAAAGCAGUAAUAAAAUAAGUAAGAUGUUAAGCGAUAUUGAUCCUGGCAUGGAAGUGAGACCAGGAAAGAGAUUAUUUAUUUAU